UUUCAAUCCACUCAUUGUCGAGAGUGGCUCGCGGUGGAAAUUCCGCAUCCUCAUCGUCAGGAGCCAACCUCUUCGCACUUAACGUGCACCGUAAUCUUACGAACACGCAUACUGUACCGCAAUUGUGUUUGAUGUAGGGUACAAUAUUCUACUUCCAACCUUAGAACACGCCAGUAACCCCAGGCAAAAACGUGUAUUGUUUAAAAAAAGGCCGGUCAUGUUACGGCCUCGCGCAGUCGUAGGCCGAGCGAUGACUUCACUUGCUGGACAGCCGCACUCGAGACCACGCUGCGGGAGAGACACGUGGACUUUCACUCGCCGCGCGUGACGUCACACAGCGAGCGCCACGUUACCGUCGUCCGCGUCAUGACGUCACCGCCACCAGUUUCACUCGCGCGCCCUCCCCCCCCACGCGUCACAUCUACCGCCGGCACCCGGCGGGGGAGCGCGAUUACGUCACGACACGUUACCACCUGACGGUGCGCGAUGACGUCAGGAGACUUUACACUCCCUGGCCGUGCGCGAAGACGUCACGAUACGUUGCACUCUGCCCAUGCGAGAUUUCGUCACGACACGUUAUACACCCUGACCGUGCGCGAUGACGUCACGACACGUUGCACACCCCGACGUCACGACACGUUACACACCCUGACCGUACGCGAUGACGUUACUCGCGCUCCACCAGCGCGACAAAACAUUUCGUGUGCGCGGCUCUCGGCAGUUUUGCCCCCCCGCCGCCGCCUCCUCCUCCUCUCAGUGCAUUGCGGCGGACGCGAGGAAUGACGUCAUCCGUGGGCGUGACGUCAUCACGCAGGCAUGCGCCCUCCUCGCACUCAUGGCGGCGAGACCAUGUGCGCGGCGUGGUAGCAGCGGCUCGGGCGACUUCUAGCGCGUCUCGCUCUCUUGAGUUUGAACUCCGUGGCCUCGAGCACACUGCCCGAGCGAGCCUCGCAUGGAGUGAGCCGGGCGGGCGAGGCUGGUCGCUGGCGGGAAGGGUUAGAGCAGGAGGCGAGCAGGAGAAGGCGGCGGCACCACGGGGUCGGUCGGUGUGUCUUGUGUGUUGCUGGGCGCCCUCGCCUCGUGGCUCUCUCGCUCUCUCCCUUCACUUUAAAUUCAUAACGUUUUGAUUUAAUUGUGAGCGUCGCGUUAAUUGCUCUUAAGCGAAGGGCCCAAACAAGCUGCUGCUGUUGGCUCGCGGUUUGUUUUCGAGAGGAAUAAGUAAAGAGGCGUGGGAUUGGAAUAAGUAGAGUGAGGGCCUCAACGUGGCCGCUCGCGACGUGGUGCGGCACCACACAGAGGCUGUGCAUCACAUGGUGCUCGAGUUCCACCUCUGAGCGUUGGCCGCAGCUUUUGAAUUCCUCUUUGGCGAGCAACAGCGAAGCCCCCCGUGGGCCAUGUCGGCCCAGGUCGAAGCGCCGGGCCCAGUGGCCGAGUUGGGCCCAGCAACAGGCCCCAGUAGCAGCAGGGGUAACGCCGCCACCACCGCCAGCAAAAGCAGCGGCAAGAAUAACACCUCAACCUGCAACGUUACUCCCGCUGCCGUCAGCGCCGGCCACAACAGCACCGCCAGCGGUUGCAACAGCAGCGCGGCCACUGCAACAAGCAGUGGUGGCAACAAGGAGAACGUGGACGCGUCCCGCGAGGGGGAUGCGGAGAGGGACGAUGCCGCCGCCGCUGCCGCCCCCUUGGCGAAAGCGAAGGAGUUCGUGGAGGCCCCCCCGCCCAAGGUGAACCCGUGGACGACUCGCAAGGUGGCGGUGGCGGUGAGCGCUGUGCCGGAGACCGUGCGUCCAUCGCCGCUCGUUGAGGACGACCCUCUCCCAGGUAACGUUCCCCGAGCCAAAGUCAUUAAGGUCGCAAAGCCGCAGCCAAAGAAGUUAAACAAGGCGAGCGAUUUUAGCGACAUUACAAAUUGGCCGACACCGGGAGAGAUUGCGAAUCGAGAGACCUCGACCCACUCGCCCAACUCGAGAAAAACCGCCGUCCGACGCGAGAAGGACCGGGAGAAGGAAGGGGAGAACGAGGUGGAAGAGGAGGAGGAGGAAGAGGCGGUGACGAGGAGGAGGAAGGACGCCACAGAGGAGGACGUGGACGACGAGAAGGACAGCGAGAGCAAGGAGAACCGCAGCGGCGGGCGCGCCAGCCCGCUGGAGAACGGCACGGACGCCAGCUCCCCACAGCCCAAGAAGAGAGUGAGCAAGCAGAAGUGGGUACCACUGGCGCUGGAUGGAGGAGGGAGCGACGGAGGCGGCCCCGAGAGGCCCAGCUCUCGCAGCAGUCUGAGGUCGUCGCAGCCGCCCGGCGGCCGCAGGACCGACGCCGUCAGAGGCUGGAGGCGCGAGGAUCGUCGCGAUGACCUGGACGACACGGCGAGCGUGCGCAGCGAGGGCGGAGGCACCCGCGGAGGUGGCUUCCGAGGCAGGGGUCGCGGCCGGGGGCGCGGUCGGGGACGCGGAGGAAGGGGCGGCCCCCGAGGCGGCCUCGAUUUCCGAUUCGGCCUCGGGGAGCGGGUGGGCGGCAGUGGCCCCGACGGAUCUGGCUCAGCGCUGCUCGACUACAGUCCCCACCUCGUCUACUACUACGACGACGGCCACGGGCCGCAGAUCUACACCGUGGAGGAGACGCUGCUCAAGGAGUACGUCAAGCGGCAGAUAGAGUACUACUUCAGCGUGGAGAACCUGGAGAGGGACUUUUUCCUGCGCCGCAAGAUGGACCAGGAGGGCUUCCUGCCGGUGUCGCUCAUCGCCGGCUUUCACCGCGUGCAGACGCUCACCACCGAUGAGCACCUCAUCAUGGAGGCGCUGCACGACAGCACGGAGGUAGAGGUGGUGAACAUGAAGGUGCGACGUCGUGACGACCCCUUGCGCUGGCCCAUCCCGGGGAUGGCCCUGCUGUCUUCGCCCACGGGCUCCGUUACCCCCUCUGCCCCCAUCAGCACCGACUUCACGAGGCUCCUCGACUGCCCCGAGUUUGUGCCGGGUGCCGUGAGCAGCAGCGUCAGCCCCCCCUCUGCAGGCUCAGUGAGCCGCUCCCUGGCAUCGGACUGCGCCAAGGCGUCUGCUGCGGCGUCGUUAGCGGUGACGGCGGCGGCCACGGCCCGGGACGCUGGGCCCGGCGCCACCACGGACGACGCGGAGGAGGAGGAGGGCGAGGCACGGCCUCUGACGCGCGCCCUCUCGGCCAGCAUGCCCGAGCUCGAUUCGGAGCAGUGGGUGGAGGUGAAGAAGCGACAUCGCGCUCCGCCCACCUCCAGGCCGACCAAGGAGGAAACCCCGAAGGCGGCGGCGGCGGCGGCAGCUGCGGUGCCGGCGGUGGCGGUGGCUCCAGCGGAGGAGAAGGAGGAGCUGGACUUCAUGUUCGACGAGGAGAUGGAGGCAGCAGAGGCGGCGGCCGGCCGGCAGCACCGCUUCACGCCAUUCGGCGCGGGCGGCUCGGACGACAGCAGCGACUCGGAGUACGAGAUGGACGACCGCGACAUCAACAAGCUCCUCAUCGUGACGCAGACGCCGCCCUACAUGCGGCGCCACCCGGGCGGGGACCGCACGGGCAACCACAGGUCGCGUGCCAAGUUCUCCUCCGAGCUCGUGAAGGUCAUCAACGAUGGCCUGUACUACUACGAGCAGGACCUCUGGCAGGAGGAGACCGACUACAGCGUCAUCAAGCAGGAAGUGGAAAACUUCAGGAAGCUGACCGUCAUCACAAAAGAGCAGUUCGACAUCAUCUCUCCGGGGGUCGCCAUCGACCUGACGCCCGAGCCUACGUCUGAAAUCGCCUGCCCAGUGGCUGUUGGCGGGACGGACGAGUUGGCGAACCGGCUGUUCGGCUCGCCGGAUCCUCCGGCGUCAUGCCUGGCGCGCUCGCUCCCGGUGGCCGUACCCGAGGCGGCGCUGUGCCCGCGCACGCCGCGCACGCCCCGCACGCCGCGCACGCCACGCCUGCGCGACCCAACGCGCACCCCGCGCUUCUACCCGGUCAUCAAGGAGGGCCGCGGCAUUGACAACCAGACACCUCGCAAGCAGAAGACGCGACACAGCAGCAACCCCCCGCUGGAGAGCCACGUGGGCUGGGUCCUGGACUCGCGCGAGCACCGGCCGCGUACCUCCUCUGUCAGCUCGAGCGCGAGCUUCCAGUCGGAGACGCCGUCGGUGGCCGGGAGCUACGGCUGCACGCCACAGUCGCUGCCCAAGUUCCAGCACCCGUCGCACCAGAUGCUGAAGGAAAACGGCUUCACACAGCAGGUCUACCACAAGUACCACCGCAAGUGUCUGAGCGAGCGGAAGCGUCUAGGCGUGGGCCAGUCCCAGGAGAUGAACACGCUCUUCCGCUUCUGGUCGUUCUUCCUGCGCGACCACUUCAACCGCCGCAUGUACGACGAGUUCAAGCGGCUUGCGCUGGAGGACGGCGCCGAGGGCUACCGCUAUGGGCUGGAGUGCCUCUUCAGGUUCUACAGUUACGGGCUGGAGAAGAGGUACAGACUCGACAUCUUCAAGGACUUCCAGGAGGAGACCAUCCGCGACUACGAAGCCGGUGAGCUGUACGGGCUGGAGAAGUUCUGGGCCUUCCUCAAGUACUCGCACCAGAAGAACGCCGACCUCGACCCCAAGUUGCAGGAGCACCUAAGCAAAUUCAAGCGGCUCGAAGACUUCCGCGUGGACCCUCCGAUGGGCGACCACCACGGUCAGGAAGGCGGCCGGCGCAGGCGCUACCCCUCAACCUCUUCUUCCUCCUCUCAUCACGGUGGCCGUUCGGGCAGCCGGCACGAUCAGAGGGAUGCUGGGAAGGGGGCGGCAGCAGGUCAUGCGUCACAGGUCAAAGCUCAGCAGCAACUGCAGCAGCAGCAGCAGCAUGAUGGAGCGGGCAGCAGCGGCAGCAGCAGCAUGGCGGUGCCAACAAAGGUCCCGCAGCGAAAGUGAGCGUCGAAACGGCCGUUUAAGCCUCCACUCAACCACCGCUUCACACAAAGCUUUUCAUCGUAGGGAGAGAAAAAAAAAGACACGUUUAGUUAAAAAUCAACCGAAGCGACGCCUGCUCCAAUGAUCCAAAAUGACAGUCGUGUGAUGUCCACUCGUUCUCACGAGAACCGGUCACAAGAAGUUCGGGAAAAGCAAACAGUCUAAUUUUGAUCAUGGAAACUAUUGAUUACCCAGCGAAUGCAAGUGUCUUCACACAAAAUAGGUAAAGAUGAAAUGCUUUGCUUAUUAGAUUCCCGCCUGGAAGGGUUUUACUUGAGUGUGACAAGCUUUGCCGUUUUAUUAAAAUGACAUGGCACGUUCACGAAACCAAAAGUCACAUGUGCCGCUUAGGCAGCAUUAGAAUGCAAUGUUCGACAGACGACUUAGCUGCUAUAUGGAUGGAGGCUUUAGCCAAUCGUGUGUGAAUACGGUUACUUGGAGGCAUACCACAGCCAAUCACAAGGGCCGUAAUAAGUAUUCUACAUGUAAUGAUACAACUGCAUUUAACAGCAUGUGGCUGUGAAGACUCAUGUGCGAUUGGCUGCAUGUUCUCUGUCGAAACAUUGGCUUCUGUGUCGUAUAGUUUAGGAAACUGUAAUUAUGGGGGCAAGUCCCAUAAAAAAUCUUAGCAAGUGAGAGUAAUGUUCUUAUGCGCAAUUUCAAGACUUGGGAGAAUUUGUUAACAGUUUACUAGUUUAGUACAGUUUUAUGCAACACAGCAAUGCUGAAAUUAAGACUGAACACAUUGUUUUACUUCUGAGAAGGAUAAAUUUUAAGUAAGUUAUAUAUACGUAUAUACCCCCAAUGCAUCAGUUGAGAUAAUGGUAGCCCAUAGGAGUUGCUUUUCUUUUUAUUACGCCUUCAGAAGUAGUUUAGCAAUUUUCGCAGCAAAUUUGCUUUAUCGUCAUUUUCAUGAUGAUGUAGCGAAAGUCUGCAAUGAGGUGGCCAGAAAAAGGGCACUCUUGAUUGAUCAAUCCACAGCCAUUCUCACCACACCUCAUCUCCAGCGUCACUGUCUUGUGAGUGGUGGCUGAAGCGGGGGGGGGGGGGGGGGGGCGGGCGGGCAGUGGUGGGGGAGUUCUUAACAAAAACGCAUCAGGAGCCAGCGCACGUUCCUGCAACCACGAACUCCGUGGAAAGUAUUAUCGAUAGCACGGCGCUUGCAAGAGCUUGCGCGGGCACCAAUCGGCACAACGCGCGUCAUGGAAUUCUCACCUCGCUUGCACCCCCAUCCACCAAUGUCUGCCACGGUGUGUCCAGUCUUUUAAACGCUGGUGUCCGGUGUUCUCAUUGUCCCGAUAUGGAGGGAGCGAGGCCCCCCCCCGCGAUGGAAUGAAUGGUGUUUGAUGCUAAGCACUUGCAUUCUUCUUUUGUCAUGCGGCUUUCUGCAGAGUAGCAGACAUUUUAGGGGAGCAGCAAGUUUAUAUCUCGGUUCUUGAGCCAGUCCAGGGCCUCUGGGGUGAGGUGGAUGGCGUCUUUUACCUCUGAACAAGCGGGAGACACGCGAGUUGAUGAGGUGGUCUAUUGUUUAUAUGCCUCCGCAGUCGGAGUGGGCUGCUUUCUAAUCUCUCCCUUAUGGAGGGGAUAAGUGCAGCAAUUGCAUGAAUUCUCCUGCAGAGGCGUGCUGGUUAAAUGAAUUAGCUCUAGUUGCUGUUGCCAAAACAACUUAAACAAAAUGUGGUUUUGCAAAGUGUUAGUGUUAUUUUUCCAGGUUUUACGGUAUUUUCGCAGGUCGGCCCCAAAGAUAGUAGACACCUGUGAAUCAACGUACCAAUGUUGGACAGCUAUUAUAACUAGACAGUAGAACGGUGAUGCUUUAUCAAGGGAAAAGAAAGUAGAUUUUCAUGUGGGGUGGUGUGCUUGAAUUUCGGCUGUAGUUUUAAAUGGCAUCAGCUACUUCAACUUUUUCUAAUUGCUGUUUGGCUCUGAGAGGAAAAUGAAAAUCCUUGUUAGAAAGGGCUCAUGAAACAAAAAUGCAAGCAUGAUGAUGCGGUUUGUUCAUCCCAACACUUGCACUACGGUCACAUUUCAAAGCUUUUUUUUUUUGCCGUGGGAGGCUGCGACGGACAGAGAGGGGCCGUGCGAUCCCGUGGCUUCUGGAAACUGAGAGUGGGGGGGGGGGGGGAAACCCCAAAAGCGAUCGCGUCGAGUUGCCUUCAAUCCGAGUGGUGCUGUGCGUCAUUCCCGUUUACACUCGCGCCACCGACCGCUGUCGUUGGAGGCGGCCGGCGGCUCCCCCAUUAAUUCACAACCGCGAAUUAAACCGCACCCCCACCCCCCCCCCCCCCCGCGUUUGCUGCUUUCCCCCACGUGCUUUCCAAGUCGAUUGGCUUUUGCAUCCCAAUUGCGUAGGGUUAAAUUAAAUACACCCGCAGCAUGUGCACAGACGAUCGUGAUACUUAUCUUCCUCCCCCGACUGCGUGGAAGUGUCUGUGUGUGAUCUGUGUUGGCCUUGCUCAGACUUAGUUCAAUCGCGUUGCGGUAAAUUAAAACACAAACGAGCGUAUCUUUUUUUUAUGUUAAAUAUGAUUAGUUACCAAACUGGUAAGACAGUUAUUCUGCAUCAACAGUGCCUUUUAUUCAUCCUAAAUGUUCCGCCGCCUCCUGCAAGCACGCCAGACCGUUUUGAACGCGAUCGUUUUGUGUUCGGUGGGGCAUCUGAUUGCCAAGGCCCCAGACACUUGUGGAAGCGUUGAGCACCGUACACAGUGUGGCGAGCACGUGUGUGCAUCGCCGCCGUGUUAGCCGUACGAAUCCUGGGUGUUGCCAAGUCACGGCUGACUUAUUUCGAACAUUGUAGGUUCAUUGUUUGAGUACAACUUUGUGUGAAAUUAAACAAAAAAAGGAUACAAAUUUCGAAAGUAUUUUUAAGUGUUUUACUUGGUAGCAUAUGUAGCGUGGUCAUUAGUUUUCAUUUUCUGCCCUACAUAGACAUCGAACUUCUGGUGGGAUUUACGCUGACUUCUUCUGUUGCCGUUUGGUGCUUUCAAGUCACUGUGUAUUGUGCUCAGAAGUGCAGGAAGGAUGGGUUGAGGAUUUUAUCUGCCGAUGCCUUGGUGUCAGACUUGGAGCUGACCUUUGUUCCACUGAUGAAGCAACUUGGCUAUGCUUGGUACAUUUUUUUUUACCUCCGUUCAUUAUUUGUAACGGAAACAUUCUAUUUUAAUUGUACAUUCUCAAAAAAAUUCAAAAAAGAUAUAUAUACGUACUGUAAUUGAUUAGCGUUUUAUCAAUAAUGCUUUUUGACAAUGUUGUAUUAUGUUAAGGCAUACACGUAACCUUUAACUCGGCUUUUGCAUGAUUGUGUAUGAUUAAAACAAAGAAAGGUAGCCUGUUUAUAUAUUAUAUAUAACGUUUUAACAAAGGGAGCCGGAGGGAUUUUGCUGAAAGUGUUUUUAAUGUAGUGCAUUUAUUGUGAGUCAUGCAAUUAAUUAGACCUCGUCUCAGUAAAUGCCCCCGCGUGGGGUUGUUCUCGCACAAUGACUGCUCCGUGCGUCGCACAAUGACCACUCUGAGAGUCGGAAGUUAUCUCUUAGUGGUCGUGCAUUCAGAGGGUUGCGAAUCCCUUCCCCCUUGUCCGAGACACUCGGCCACCCGCUGAGUUUAGUCCGAGGUUUCUUCCCCUGCAAUUCAACCAAAUUCUUAGUCGGCCCCACUUUGGCCAUCCAUCGGUGAUUGCAACAAAAAAUUCCGUUUAAAUUAAUUUUACUUUGAAUUUAAUGUAGUUUGACGCCCGCUCUGACAGUUUCAUAAAGGCAUAUAGAGGCCCACGUAUUUCACUGGACAUCAGUUAAAUGAUGCCUGAGAAGGGAUUAGUUGACACAAAUAAUUUCAGGGAUCAUGUCGGGCUUCUGUCUGUAGUUUGGAUAUGAAAUUAUUCAAAGUUCUUCACGCGGUGCCCGAGACAUCAGUAUCUCCAACUAGAUACGUAAUGCACAAAUGUCCGUCCGUCACGCUCUAUCUCCCACACAGUACGUUGUAUGAAUUUUUUUUUUUUAUCCUGGCGAGGUUAAUUCUGCCAAAAUUGUCGUCUUUCACAAUUCACAUUUUGCUCCCGAAAUUCAAAAAAUAUAUAUAACAUCCAAUACGAACCAAAUUAGGAGCCAAAAUCUUCCGGAAGAGUGACUCGUUUUGUUGGUUGUCGUCUGGAUGUUGGGUUCCCCAUUGGCUUACAUUUAAAUGUAUUUCGCAUGACGUCAUCAUCCCAUUACACAACACCUUUGGCUUCACCGCGGUGACGUUCACCCUCCAGGGCUGUACGACGAUGCGAUGAUGUCGCGCUGUCCAAGGAAUCCUUACUCGACGUGUGCGUGUGGGCAAAGAAGCGGUGAAGUUUUAUCCGGCACAAAUGCGCGGGCAGUGCUACUUGGUUCAUGAUCCAUGAAGGGUUUUUUUUUAGUCUAAACAAUAUAAAACACAAACAUGCAUUAUUUGCUACACCCGUCGUGGGGGUUGGAUGGACAUGUGCGUCAAGUUACACAUUGUGAAAACCGCCGUCUCCCUGUUCAUUGCCUAACAACGCCUCGUUGCUGCUGGUUGGGUCAGAGUGCAAGAUUUUGUUUCAUGCAGCCACCGCUCUGUCUUCCAAUUUCUACCAAAGACGCAAAUGUUUCCUUCAAGCAGAUGGCCGCCGUUACUGACGUGCUGUCGGCUCUGCUUUUUCAUUUGACACCUCUCUUCCUAGUAAACCUGGAACGUUGGGUCAACGUUGGUUAGCGGUUAGAACCAGAUACUAACGUUGGUCCACUGUUGUACGUUUACUCGGUUGAUGCACUCUUCCAUGGAGUGAUUUAAUUAGUGAAUCGAAGUUCGAUAGAGUUAAUAGAUAAAUGGUUUAACGAGUUCAUGCAAAAAUCUUCGAAUUAAUAUCAACGUGUAACUGCGCAGAGAAAGGAGUGUUUCAUUUUAAAAGGACGAUCUGGGAAACAUGUAAAGUCACUUGGAUGCAUCUACAUUCAUAAGGUUGAAUUAAUCUUGAUUUGAAGCUUUCGUGACUGCAGGAAUCCAUACUCUUUGGUUUUUUCGGUAAAGUCACGUAGGUAGAAAAUACUAGAUCACGACGUUUCGAUCGCAACACAAGCAACCGUCAUCAGGUGAGACCAACGCAGCAGGGGAAAUGCUGACGAAGGAGAAAGCUGCUGCAACAACCUUUACCUUAUAUAACCUCUUGUUGCAGCAGUUCAUUCUCCUUCGUCAGCAUUUCCCCUGCUGUGUUGGCCUCACCUGAUGACGGUUGCUUGUGUUGCGAUCGAAACGUCGUUAUCUAUUAAUUUCUACCUACGUGACUUUACCGAAAGAACCAAAGAGUGGUUGAAUUAAUGUAUGGAAGUGUUUAAUCAAUCGAAGUGUGUGCUGUUCGGAGUGCCCUGCAGAUUGCAUCUUGCUGGUGGAGUGUGGAGCUUUAUAGCCUGCACGCUUCGGGUUAAGUCUCGCCUAGAAACUAAUGAGGUGGAAGGGCUGGGUUGGCAGUUGUAUUGAACACAAGUGAAAUACACUGCUGCAUCUGAUCACAGCUGGUUUUAGAGUUAAGGGGGUGUGUUAAUGGGUGUGUUAAUGGGAUGGCGAAUGUUCCUAGUUAUCACUGUGCAAUCAGUUAGCACAGGAGUGGGUUAAUGUUGUACAGGAUUAAAUGAGUAGUGACUAUCAGGUUAAAUGGAUGGCCAAUGACAAAAAAAAUUAUCUUCUCUGACCACUGGAAAGAAACUAUCUGUACAUUGUUCACGGACACUUUUGUCCAUUUAUUUUUUUCCCUGAGGGGUCAGGCCUGGUUUUGGGUGACACUGGAAGAGGUUCAUGGACUGAGAGGAGGUGGGGGGGUGACCUAAUCUGGAGAGUUAGCCGCAGGGACAACAACACAUUUCGGCCGCUCCUGGUUGGAGGUUUCUGGGUUUUUCGCUGUCCAGUAUCAACCGCUGCAAGGGGGCUUCACGCUUGGCGUGCGACCACUUGCGUUUCCGUGUCAUUGGAUCCGUCUGUACUCUUUCCUUUGCAGGUUUCAGUCCCCCUCAACCUCGUUCCGUUCUCCUCUUCAACCUCACUUCUCCAUCGCCCAUUCUCUUUCUCUUCCCGCCCCUCCACUUCCUCCCAUCCCUUCUGUAACCCCCAAAUACCCUCUCUCGCGGUCACCCAUUCUUCAGCUCUUUCCAUCUAAAUCAUUCUUGCUUAUAUCGUUUUUUUAUACUAUGUUCAACCCCUCGAACAAAAGGUAUUCUAGAAAUAUAACAAGUAAAAUGGAGUUGGUGCCUCUGAUUGGCAGCAGCGCUUUUUUUCAGUGCAGCAGUGGUCUGUGUAACGGCUUCGCUCAUAUCGUGAUGCCACCAUCCCAAGCCUGGAAACUCCAAUAUCGCAACACCAUAACUUUGCUAUUGACUGUUAACUCUGGAGUCGCAGGAUAAUUCUCAAAACAAUUGAGAAGUAUUGGCAAUACUAUGUUGCCCAAUCAAGGGGUUGCCCCAGACAGGAGAUGAUACAUUCUCGAAAUUGUCACUGUUAUAUGUGGUUAUACGCAAUCUGUAAUGUCAUCACCUGUAUCGUCCAGAACUCGUGGGGAGGCGGGUGGAUGUUUGUGCGACUAUUCUGAGGCUGGACGCGGUUUGCGACUUGCUUGCCCGUACGGGUUUUUGCGCAUGGCGCUAACGACGCGCUCCACUUGAAUUCACUGUCGUGUUCAGUUGGAGGAUUUAAAUGGCUUUUGUGCCCACGUUAGUUGCAAUUUGGGGCGCCAAUUGCCCAACUCGUCCAACAUGAAGCCAUCCCAUCUCAUUGCUUACCCCUCAGCCUCUCCACCCCUCUUCAAAUGCAAAUUGGUUCCACUCUCUUUUCAAUGGCAUGUGGCCGAGCAGUGUUUGUGUGAGAAUGUACCAUUUCAUUUAGGGGAAGUUGGUGGGGGGGAGGGGCGUGCUUUGUGAAGCAAAAACAACUUGCAUGGCUUACCCACUCCAGCCUCCACUAAAACUCACACUGUGACAUUUGGCAUCACGGUACUUUGACAACGGAUUUUGAAUGAUAUCCCGACAUCACGCGUGGAGAAUGGUCGAGGUUCCCGACGCGUUUUUCAAACAACUCAGCGGGGGGGGGGGGGGGGGCAAUAACGGGUGUAAACGUUUGUAGCUUCAAUCGGUGCAGCACUGCGUUUUAACUACUGUGUUCCCGGCAAGCGCCCACCCCGAUUUUAACCCUCUAGAAUCAACCAAACCCGUCACCGCUGCGGCCUCCUGGAACUAACCAAUCGCCGACGGUGCCCCUUGCCGAAGGUCACAGUGCAUGCGGGCUCCCACUAAUUGGUGUCCGUGAAGGGGGGGCGGGCGAAGGUUAGAGGAGCGGAGCUUUCCAUGUCGGCUUAGGUUCACUGAAGCAACAGAGCUUCCAAUGGAUGUUUUUUGGCUGUUUCAGGCAUGAAACGUUAAAGGAAAUUUCUUUAAAAAAAAGUUUUGCAUUGAUCUUUGUUGUUUACUACUGCCAUGCAUUUGAAAUAUUAAAUUAAUUCUGCCGUUUACUCAUCUCUAUAAAGCGAUGCUUUUCUUUUUUCUGGAUUGAGUGCUUUUUUUUGGUGGGAUAAAUGGUUUCUCUUAUGGAAAUGUCACCUUUUGAAAUGUGUAAUAUUCACAAUUGUCUUUGUUCGUGUUACUAUGUUUAGCCUGGCUCGCAUAGGUGUGUGAUCAUGUUCAGUAGUUAAGUGAUUUUUUUUGGUAAUUGUUUAUAUCCUUUUAAAUGAGCAUACAAAAAAAACAAUAAAAACAAACUCAGCGUGAA